UUAAGUGUAUAUUUAGAGUAUAUCCUUUCCUAGUUUGUUACCAUAAUUAUAGCCUAAGUUUGCUAUUGUAACUUGUAUAUAUUCUUCACACGGUUAAUGAGAAAGAUCAACGAUCAUAAUCUUUCAUGGUAUCAGAUAGGGUUUCGAUCCUUCAUCCUCUUCCCUAACAAAAUUCGCCCAGCUUCCUGCCUCUUUCCCCUUCCUUGAUCUUCUUUCUUCCGCUGCAUAUACCCAUGGCAGAAUCAAAGUAUCACCCAGCCUUGAACGUUAACAACGUCAAGUCCCUCAUUCCCAUCACUUUGGAUGUAUUACUCUUGGGCAGCCCUUUUCAAGGUGCUUGUUAGGGUUCAUGAUCUUUACAGUCAUAUUAUUCCUCCUACGGAGGAGAAAGAACGAGCAGCAUAUGAGGCCUCCAAGGCUACUGACCUUGCGUUCUGGAAACGCUUGGAUGCCGCGGUCCUCAAUUGGAUCUCCAAUUCCAUCUCCCCUGCUCUUCUCACUGCCAUUCUUCUUAAAGAUGACACCGCUUAAGGUGCUUGGACUCGUCUCGAGUCCAUGUUUCAAGACAACAAAGCAUCCCGGGCUUCCCAUCUCGAACAAGAACUCGCUGACCUUGACUUCGAGACCUUUACCUCUAUUGACGGCUAUUGUAAUCACAUCAAAUCCCUUGCCGAUCGUCUUGCGGAUGUCGAUGCCCCGAUUCCCGAUACUCGUCUCAUCCUCAAAAUGACAGCCGGCCUCCCUGAAGCUUAUGCCGGCACGGUUGAUUUUAUUCAAAAUCAAGAACCUCUUCCCACUUUUGAAAGUUGUCGUUCCCGUCUCAAGCUCGCCGACAGAACCAUUAAGAACCGCCUUGCCAAGGAAUCCGAUGCCACCAGCCGCCCAACGACGGCCCUCCUCUCCACCACCGGCAGCAGCCACCAAACAGAGUCCUCUGCUUCCCGACCCUCCUCCAAAAACAGCAAGCAUAAACCAAGAAUUUCGAAAAAUUCAAAUAAUAAGGCUCGUAAUUCUGGCGGUCCAGCCCAUAAUUCUGGUUCGGCAAAUGCGAAGCAAUGGCCUCCUUCAUGGACCCCAUGGACCGGUCAGUGGCCCAGACCACCAUGCCCAUACCCUGCUUCAUCUUGGGCCUCUAGACCACCGGCUCCUUCUUCCAACCCCAAGUCAGGUGGGCCUGGAAUUUUGGGCCAGCAUCCACAGGCCUACAGUGCAAUAAAUCCGUCCCCAACUGACAUUGAAGCGGCUAUGCACAUGCUUGCAAAUUUGGGAAAAUCGGAUAGCAAUUACUAUAUGGACACCGGUGCCACUGCUCAUAUGACCGCGGAUCAAGACGGGGGCCACACUAAUGAGACGUGACAGUACCGGUGAUCUCUAUCCCAUUUUUUCAAACAAUCAAGACAACUCUUCUGUCAAUCACUCCAAUUUCACUGCUAUUUCAUCCGAUCUUUGGCAUAGGCGCUUAGGACAUCCUGGAGAUGCCAUCCUUAGAUCUUUAAGUAGUCAAAAUUUUAUUGAUUGUAAUAAGGCUUGUAGUUCUUUUUGUUCAUCUUGUCCUCUCGGGAAACUUUCAAAGUUGCCUUUUAUUGAUUCUAUGUCAAAAACAAUUUUUUCCUUUUGAUAUUCUUC